CAGACUGGUGACGCGGUUGUUCUGAAUUCUGAUUUUAUUUCGAGUGUUUGCAUGUGAAAAUUAGCAUCAACCAAACCAAACAGGAAAAUGUGGCAACAGACCUACCUGUUUCUCAUGCAAGCCUUAAUCCCCCAAAUCACAACCAAGUGUCAACAAAUUCCCACGCGUCAAUCUCUCCCUUUCUUUAAAUACACCUCUUCUCUCUCCCCUCUCUGAUUCCCAACUCAAGUCUCAAUAAAAAGAGUAAACCCAAGCGCCCAGACCGGGAAACCACUUUCUCACCCAGUCAAUCGAAAACCCACCACCCAUCUCAUGGCUACCACCCAGCAACCAGUAAACAUCUUCAACAGCCUUCUCCCUGAUAAGGGUCCUUCGAGCUUCCAAGUCAUGGCUGUGAUAGCAUUGUUCCCCAUUGGUGGUUUCCUACUCGCCGUCGCCGGCUUAAGUUUAACUGCCACGGUCAUCGGCCUUGUAGUGUCGACGCCACUGUUGAUAAUUUUCAGCCCGGUGUUGAUCCCUGCAGCGACCACUAUUGGGUUAGCGGUGAUGGGGUUCCUUACAGCGGCUGCGUUCGGGCUGGCAGCAUUGUCGUCUUUCUCGUGGAUCCUGAAUUACUUGCGUGGGAAGCGAGCCACACUGCCUGAGCACUUGGACUAUGCGCAGCGGCGCAUGCAGGAAGCAGCUGGAUAUAUGGAGCAGAAGGCGAAGGACAUGUCGACCCAAUGAUCCAAUAGUCAAUGGAACCCAAACCAAGCGAAAGAAGGAUCGAGUGGAGGAGAUGGAUUUUCUAUGUUUUGCUGUAUCUGUUUUUUCUUUGUUUAUCUCUAGCUGUUUCUGUGAAGUUAAUUUGUAACACAGACGCGAGUGAUCAGUUCGGUCAAUUAUGCC